AUGUCCCCCGCUCGCGCCUAUGAUACUAAUAAUAAACAAGGCGAACCAAAACAACGUGUCGAUGAUAUCCAAGAUCAUAUUGGCCUUGAGGCUGGCCCAUCGCUUGAAGCGGUCUUUGUAGGUUGUCAGGACCUGAUAUUGGUGCGAGUCACUGGUGUGCCGGGGGUAGCUAGACGGGCGAUAAUGAGGAUGAAGGUCAGGGCGAUGAGAGAUGCAAUGACGAUGUGGAGGCGACGUUUGAGGCGGGGGCGGUCGGUCAUGUCAGUGAUUCUGGGAUGGGAAUCAAUCACCAGCCAGACCAUUGGACUUUAUAAACUACCUGCUUACAUGGAUUUGCCAUUCAAUCUAGACUUAACUAAAACAACGGAACGAAUUAGGCAUUCAGAUAAGAACAAAAAUAGCUAUCCACAUUGA